AGACGGACGCUAAUGAAAAUACGGAACCCUUUAAUCGUAGACAUAAAAAGUUAUAACUAUUUUAUGCAUAAAUCCGAUAGUUACCCCGGGAAAAGGUUACGCCCCACCACCGCAGCUGCAAAUUAGCUGUCACCAGCUGAAUAUUGAAUACUUUCUCUCUUUCAAAAGCUCAAACUCACUCACUCUCUCCCCACUUUAUCACUCACCGCCACCGCCACCGCCACCGCCACCGCAACAAUUCCGCCGCCAUGCUCAUACACUUACUCUUCCUCACUUCACUAAUCGCCGCCGCCCACUCCCACUCCCACAAUGCGACGAAACAGCCCCUCAACUUAAAGCCAAUGAGCUCCUCCUUCAACCCCAAGAUUCCCCCCCGCGGAAUCUCCGCCUCGAAAAGAUUCGAGGGGUCCUCCAACCUGGUGAAUCUCCGGUACCACAUGGGCCCCGUCCUCUCCUCUCCGAUCAAGCUCUACCUCAUCUGGUACGGCCGCUGGCCCCCCUCCCACCGCCUCCUCAUCAAAGACUUCCUCCUCUCCAUCUCCCACCCCUCCUCCCCCUCCCCCUCCGUCUCCCAGUGGUGGCGCACCCUCUCCCUCUACUCCGACCAAACCGCCGCCAACAUCUCCUCCCGCCUCCUCAUCUCCGGCGAAUUCUCCGACCACCGCUACUCCCACGGCAAAUCCCUCACCCGCCUCUCCAUCCAAUCCGUCAUUGCUGCCGCCGCCACCACCGCCGCCGUCGACCACCGGAGCGGCGCCUUCCUCGUCCUCACCGCAUCCGACGUGGCGAUGCAGGACUUCUGCCGCGCGGUCUGCGGGUUCCACUACUUCACGUUCCCGUCCGAGGUCGGGUACACGCUCCCGUACGCGUGGGUCGGGAACUCCGGGGCCCAGUGCCCCGAGGUCUGCGCGUACCCCUUCGCCGUCCCCGGGUACAUGGCCGGAGGGGGGCCAGGGGCGCUCCGGCCCCCCAAUGGUGACCCAGGGCUGGACGGGAUGAUCAGCGUGAUCGCGCACGAGCUGGCCGAGCUGGCAUCGAACCCGCUCGUGAACGCGUGGUACGCGGGGGAGGACCCCACGGCGCCCACGGAGAUCGGGGACCUCUGCGAGGGGCUGUACGGGAGCGGGGGCGGCGGAGGGUAUAUGGGGGAGGUGAUGAGGGAUUCCGGCGGCCGGACCUUCAAUUUGAACGGCCGGAAUGGGAGGAAGUUUUUGGUGCAGUGGGUUUGGAGCCCAGUUCUCAAAGCUUGUGUGGGCCCCAAUGCUGUUAAUUAACUCCUUUUUUUCAAACUAUAGUUUUUGUCGAUUUUUGUUGUAUAAUCAAACACAACUUUUGGUUGUUAAUUAGUCAAUUACUCGACUUAUGCUA